AGAGAGGCAGCGCGGCGGUGGCGGUGCGGAGACCCAGUCCAGACGCCAGGCGGCCGCCGGCGCAGAGCGCUUUCUAUCUCCCUCCCCCGGCUGUACUUCCAGCCCGCCUCCUUCCGCGGCGCCUGUAGCCGCAGGCUCGCUGUCUCCUCCCGAGACUCGCUCCCCGAGACUCUCCACCGGUAGCGGACAGAGUCUGCGGUGUGCAGCUCGUGAGGCUAAGGCGAACCGCCAGCUGUAGCCGGCCGGAGCCAGCGCCCUGGGCACGGUCCUCUCCUCUCCACGGCCUGCGCCUCAUGCGCACCCCUUUCGCCCGGGCAGUCGCUACGGCUCCCAAGGACUGAGACGUCCGCUUCGUCGCCUCCCGGCCGGGUGACCCAGGCAAGAACACAGCUAGCUGUGCACUGAGGCCAGUCGCCACUGCUAAAAAUUAGUUUCUUCUCAUGCAAGUACACUACUGGGCCUUUCGUGUAACAUUAAUUCCGAAGGACAAGAAUUGCUGGGCAGGGUGCAGAUGAACCAUUGAGCUUGUUCAGCUUGUAAUUUGGUGUCGCCCCGAAAGGCUCGGCCAGUGUGUUGAGCGCUUCAAGCGUUUUAGGGGACUGCAUGGUGAAUUGCCUUUCUUGUUAACAAGAUCUUUAUAGUGUUGUUCCAUUGUUACCAAUGGCGCAGAAUGCCCCAGAAAAUCUGCUUAGUUUCUCCUUUGAUUUCAUUGAGAUCCGGUGAAAAACCUGAAGAGAUGUGACUGGGACUCAGAGUUGGAGGCAGAGAGCCUGGGAGUGGAAACAAAAUGUCAGUCAGUGUGCAUGAGAACCGCAAGUCCAGGGCCAGCAGCGGCUCUAUUAACAUCUACCUGUUCCACAAGUCUUCCUAUGCCGACAGUGUCCUCACUCACCUGAACCUUCUACGCCAGCAGCGCCUCUUCACCGACGUCCUUCUCCAUGCCGGGAACAGGACCUUCCCUUGUCACCGGGCAGUGCUGGCUGCCUGCAGCCGCUACUUUGAAGCCAUGUUCAGCGGUGGCCUGAAAGAGAGCCAGGACAGUGAGGUCAACUUCGACAACUCCAUCCACCCCGAAGUCUUGGAGCUGCUUCUUGACUAUGCGUACUCCUCCCGGGUCAUCAUCAAUGAAGAAAACGCAGAAUCGCUCCUGGAAGCCGGCGACAUGCUGGAGUUUCAGGACAUCCGGGAUGCCUGUGCAGAAUUCCUGGAAAAGAACCUGCACCCCACCAACUGCCUGGGCAUGCUGCUGCUGUCCGAUGCGCACCAGUGCACCAAGCUGUACGAACUCUCCUGGAGGAUGUGUCUCAGCAAUUUCCAGACCAUCAGGAAGAACGAAGAUUUCCUCCAGCUGCCCCAGGACAUGGUAGUGCAGCUCUUGUCCAGCGAAGAGCUGGAGACAGAAGAUGAAAGGCUCGUGUACGAGUCUGCAAUUAACUGGAUCAGCUACGACCUGAAGAAGCGCUACUGCUACCUCCCAGAGCUGUUGCAGACGGUGAGGCUGGCUCUCCUGCCAGCCAUCUAUCUCAUGGAGAAUGUGGCCAUGGAGGAACUCAUCACCAAGCAGAGGAAGAGCAAGGAGAUUGUGGAAGAGGCCAUCAGGUGCAAGCUGAAAAUCCUGCAGAAUGAUGGUGUGGUAACCAGUCUCUGUGCCCGGCCUCGGAAAACGGGCCACGCCCUCUUCCUCUUGGGAGGGCAGACUUUCAUGUGUGACAAACUGUAUCUGGUAGACCAGAAGGCCAAAGAAAUCAUUCCCAAGGCCGACAUCCCCAGCCCAAGAAAAGAGUUCAGUGCAUGUGCCAUUGGCUGCAAAGUGUACAUUACUGGGGGCCGGGGCUCUGAAAACGGAGUCUCCAAAGAUGUCUGGGUUUAUGAUACCCUGCAUGAGGAGUGGUCCAAAGCCGCCCCCAUGCUGGUGGCCAGGUUCGGCCAUGGCUCGGCUGAACUGAAGCACUGCCUGUAUGUGGUCGGGGGGCACACGGCCGCAACCGGCUGCCUCCCAGCCUCCCCAUCAGUCUCUCUAAAGCAAGUAGAACAUUAUGACCCCACAACCAACAAAUGGACCAUGGUGGCCCCACUGCGAGAAGGCGUGAGCAAUGCUGCAGUGGUGAGCGCCAAACUUAAGCUGUUUGCUUUCGGAGGUACCAGUGUCAGUCAUGACAAGCUCCCCAAGGUUCAGUGUUACGAUCAAUGUGAAAACAGGUGGACGGUACCGGCCACCUGUCCCCAGCCCUGGCGUUACACAGCAGCAGCGGUGCUGGGUAACCAGAUUUUUAUUAUGGGGGGAGACACCGAGUUCUCCGCCUGCUCCGCUUACAAGUUCAACAGUGAGACGUACCAGUGGACCAAGGUGGGAGACGUGACGGCCAAGCGCAUGAGCUGUCAUGCUGUGGCCUCCGGAAACAAGCUCUACGUGGUGGGAGGCUACUUCGGCAUUCAGCGGUGCAAAACUCUGGACUGCUACGACCCAACGUUAGAUGCGUGGAACAGCAUAACCACAGUCCCAUACUCGCUGAUACCCACCGCGUUCGUCAGCACCUGGAAGCAUCUGCCUUCGUAAAUGCAGUGCGUCCCAAAGAAGCUCAAGAAGCGAUUUCUAUCUUGGAGAGGCCAGAUUUCAUGACGAGAAAGAAAACAAGAAACGGCGUUGCUGCACGACUUGGCUUGUGCCCUCGGCUGCACCUUGGAAAAGCUCCGACUGGACAUGAAGGACGGGGUGGGGGAGGGGUGGGGUUUUCAGUGCAGUAGCCCCUGGUUUAAAUAUGAAUGAAUGAACCCGUGAUCUAGUCCUUGUCUUGUAAUUGUGGAUUAAUGUCAGCGUUAAUCAGCCCCUCAAAGGGAGAGAGAGGCCGCGCCUUUUCCCUUGCUGUAGCACAUUCAGCGUUUGAUUUCCAUGGGCUCCACCAUUUAUGUGUAAAAUUUGAAAUGGUUGUCACCUCUCUCUGAGGAGCAAGCUGAAGCCUCCACACCAGCUGCUGUUGGAGAUUGAAAGCCCGACCGUGGGGCCAGGAGGGACGCUGGCCGUGCUGGCCGCAGAGCCUGGACCGUGGACUCCCCUGAUCUCUGAGGGGUGGCGCCCCCAGGGAGGUUUCCGAACAACGGGGACAUUGUUGGUAGCUGUUUGGUAGAUGAUCUUUUCUAUUUAUAAGUGACUUCAAACUUUUCCUUGGCUGUUAAGAAAUUUGUGGUAGAUGUAGCUAUUUAUUAUUUGCCGCCUGCAUGCUGAAACAGUGCUCACAGUUGUCUUCAUGUGUAUGGACGUGCGUGAAUGGUGGUAUGUUUUGCACAGUUUUGUGGCUGUUGUGAUGUGCUUUGCUGCACAAAUUGAAAACUUUGGAGUUACAGUGUGGAAUGUAACUGGAGGGUGGGUUGGGAAGGGGUGGGGUUUUGUAAAUGUCAGGACAGGGAAGGGUUACAAAACAGAAACUCGCGUUACGCCCUAGAGGGAGAGAAAGCACGGUUCUUAGACUCACCGACUUAAUGGGGUUUCCGACUUAAUGGGGUUUCCGGGGCUCCUGUCAUGCUGAUGGCUCACGGGGUCGGGUGGGGCUGCUUUCUGUCCCUUCCCAUCUCAUUCACCUCCUUUGUCUCGGCUACUGAAAUUUGGAAAGGACCAAAUUGCUUUGCAGUUUUUUUCUUUGUGUAUUAUCCUGAAAUCCUGGAAGAUUCUAUGGAAUAGUUCUGUAUAUAGGACACAGGUAAAGACAUAGCCCAAAGUUUGUUGUUUAUUUAUUUAUUUAUUUACCCUGUGAGAAUGGUUGGCCAUAACCACAGUUAACAGGGGAAAAAAGUGAACUAUCACAGACGUAAAUUAAUUCACUCACCCGAUUUGACCUGGACCUGUUGAACUCCUUGUUGUACAACUUAGCGAGUGUGACAAGUUCUCCAUGGCAACAUUAACGUUGGAACAAUGUACACCUCAGCGCUCAGCUGUAGGUAAGUCUCCGUAAGAACUCUUGGGUGCGCAAAAGUGACACAUUGGGCCACAACACACCAAAGAAUUGUAAGCAGUGGCCGCUGUUGCGGGUUUCCGGGACAGUUGGGAAUUGGUUGUGAAUACAUUCUUUGCUAGUCUGCGGGCUUGUUUACUAAACUUGUGCUGUGAUAGGUGUUAAUACUAGACUCAUACUGGAGCUUCCUCAAAGGCGUCUGGGAAGACCAGAGGUUCUGCUCUCGCACUGCUUUCCUUGAUGAUGCUCAUGUUACUGCGCUUAGAAAACUAGGUGUGAGACUGCGACCCACCUUUUACAUUGUGUGUUUGCAUUGACAGAUAAACCCCUGGCAUUUCUUCCCACCUGAGAACUAGAGACUAAUUGUGCAUGUCUGUCCGUGCCGUGAAUAAGUGAGCUAGAGUUGGACCAAAAUAAAUGAGCCCUUGGAAUAAAAGAACCACAAUACUUUCCAGCAGUCAGUCUUUCACUCCUAGAUGUGUUCUGAGCAAUGCAAAUGUCUAAGUGUACAAUGGCGGCGUGGCCGGGUGUCGUUAUAUUGUAGCAGUUACAGCUCUGUAGUUUAUGAUGCAAAUAGGCUGAGCUGUGUGUGUCACUGCAUGGCUUCUGAAAGCGGGAUGAAUUUUCUACAGCUGUUUCAGAGUCAUGGUCUGUCCCUGAAUCCUCUAUUAUUUACUGUGUGCAAGCCAGAGGGAGCCAUGGUCAGGGCGGGCCCCCAGCCUGCAGGGAACUUUCUGGACUCCCGCUCUUUGAAUUGACAGACGCCUUUGGGCUCACUACUUGACCAUUCUCACCCUGUGAAACGUCCCGCACUUUGAAGCAAAUACAAUUCACAGCACAGCGCAUACAAAAACCUUGGCAUAAGACAGAGAAGGUUCUUCUUUUUCUGUGGACGGGUUGCUGUGGAAACAGAUAACAAAGGGCAGCCUUGCACUUCUGCUGUAAUUGUGCAGCCCCUUUUCUCUGGGCCUGACACCUGUCUGAAUGAGGGUGGUUAGAGCUGAAUAAUAUCCUUCUCUUGGCUAUUGAGUAUGUGGUUCACGUACAAAACUGUGUAAGCUGAAGAAGUAAAGUGUUAAUGUUCUUAUGUACUCGUUUCCUACUACUACAUUUUUGAGGUUUGGUAAAACUGUUACUUUUUUUUCACAAUGUGAAACUGAAGGUCAAAUAAAUUAUUAGAGAUUUUCUCUUCA